CUCAAAGCCUACAACUUGGGCCAGUCAUCAAAGAAAAAGCAACCGGCAAGUUUUCCCGUUACAAACAUGGCAAAAAUGAGUUCAUCGGGGGGUACAACGAGAAGGCGUUCCUGUGAUGCCUGCCAUCAGCGUAAGAUCCAUUGUGAUUCAGACUCGAGGCCUUGCGAUUGGUGUAAACACCACGGUCUGAUGUGUACUUUCAACCGGCCAUUCGGGCGGCGGAAAAAGAAGAGAAACGUGGGAGCCAACCUGGCUCACCAUGACGUAGAGCUUGAUGCUCCAGUUGCCGAACAUCAUCUGUUAUCAACUUUUCGGACAGGUGAUCAACCUGAAAAUUCAAUCUCGUUGCCGAUUCAGGAUGAGUCAUUCAACGAAACCACAGAAUUCCCUACUGGAGUCGUCAAGAGCAUACCUCAUGCAGGCCUGGGUGGAUUCUACUUCAAUGGGUUCCACCUUGGUGGCAUAAGCUCUUAUCAUGGGAUCCCAUUCUUCUCAGAGGAAGGAAAACUAUGGAUUUACUCGCAUACUGGGGCAUAUUACAUGUCUCAAGGACAAGAUACAAGUGAAUUGACAUGGCGACAACUACAGUCAAGGGAAGAAGUUUCUAGUCGGAUCGAAGGUAUCUGGGAGCUUCCAGAAAGAAUCAUGGUGGAUGCAUAUUUCUCCAUAUUCCUGGCUUCGACUAAGAGAUACGUCUUUCCCAUUGUCAACGAGGCCACCUUUAUGGAUGUUAUCGACAAGGCAUACGCGAACGAUCAGGGCCAGUCACCUCUUGACGUCAUUUGCGCCAAAGCAUGCGUGCUUUCAUUCACAUGCAUUUUAGUUCAUAUGGAAGGCAGGCUCGACAUACAGCAGGUUGUCACUGCGAAGCAAUGUGCCGCCCGCGUAAAUCGCAUGAUGUCCGAUAUCCUUGCAAACCCGUGCGUCGAAUCACUCCAAGUGUGUACUAUGAUGUGUAUGUACAGUAUCUUUUCGGGGAAUGUUGCGACCGCUGCCAUGUACCUCUCAGUGGCAUACAGGUUUGUAUCAAUGUUCGGCGCACACCUCACGCCGUCAGGCAUGGCAUCACCAAUUUGGAGCCUGGAAGACGCAUAUUCUGACAGCCAAUACCUCCGCCGAGUCUUCUGGCACUGCUACAUGUACGACAAGGAUAUUUGUCUCCGGGCAGGGUAUCCGCCGAUCAUUGAUGACGACCAUUGUGACUUGACCUUGCCGCUCGCGUACAAGGAGAUAGACGACUUUGAUAGUUUCAAGGACGGCAGCGACCUCAUUCCCGGAGACAUGCGACUGACAAUCAUCAAGUCCAAGAUGAUAAGACUCUUAUAUUGCGCCAAAGCUUUUCAAAAGAAUGACAUACAGCUGUUACAGGAUAUCAGGGAACUCGAUGAAGAGCUUGAGACGUGGCGGAUGUCCAUUCCGACUCGAUAUCGACCGAACUUGGCGCCAUCUUACAGUAUUCGGCUUGAGUCUGACUGGAACAAAUCGAAACAAAUCCAUGUUGUGGUCAUACAUUUUGAAUACUACUUCCUACUAUCUUUGAUUCAUAUUGCAAGUGGCCGCUGCCAGAUUCGAGCGGCAAAUCACAAGGCGAACAUAACGUCCUGCCAACUUCUUGCCCUCAAAGCCAGUCGGUCGAUACUGGGGAACCUUGCUAUAGUAUCCCAGUUUUUCAAGACCGGAGACUUUUGGUUCUUCGUUCUCUACCCGAUGUCCGCCAGCCUUACUAUUUUUUGCAACGUUUUGACAAGCCCGCUUAACUCUCAGGCAGAGGAGGAUAUAAUAUUGCUACAAAAGGUCCCACAGCUGAUUAAAGAUAUGUGUCCUGCAGCGCUAGAUCCGGCGGACAGCAUGCGUUUCAAACAGCUCGAAGAAUUUGUGAUGAACUUGAUCAGACUUGGUCGGUGUGCCGUGAACAAAGCGCUCGAAUCUAGAGGUUAAGAUAGAUUGAAGAACCAGUCAUCAUGUUACCUUAAAGCGAAUUGCCAAGGAGCCUGGAACCACAAAACCAGCAUCAACUCGCGAUGAACUAGUGACUUUUUAAGUGCAGCAAAAGACUGACUAGCGCGCUAUAGGCAAAGAACAAACAGUUCAACUCCCGAUGAGUAAGCGCAAUUUAAAUGAACAAGCGCUGGGUCAUGUUUGAAUUCGAUUAGUCAUCGGGAGUUGAGCUCUAGAUGACGGAGUCUGUGAGAUCUCGGGACUCGGCUUCACAGCUAAAUGGAAUCAAACAGCUUGGCA